AUGGAUCCACCUCAGAGAAACUGCAAGAAGCUGAAAAAGAGACGUUCUACCUUGUUUGGCAGCCUUAAGCUUGGAGACACUUUCUCACAUAGCAUCGAGGAGGAAAAGACUACCUUCCCCUUCUCACAGGACAGCUCUGUCAAGCCAUGGAAUUCAAUGGACAACCUGGAUAGCCCUGUCCCAUGUGCAGGGGAGACCAAGGGUGAAGAGACUGAAAAGAACUCCUCAUCAAGACUAUCAGACGUGAUCAAAAUCAAUGUGGGGGGCAAGGUCUUCCGCAUUGCUAAGCACAUAGCAAUCCGAUACCCUGACACCCGGAUUGGGAAUUUGGCUCUGUGCACUGAUCGUGUACAGCAACUGACUCUCUGUGAUGACUACUCAGUGCUCACCAAUGAGUUCUUUUUUGACCGCGAUCCUUUCCUUUUUCAGUAUAUCUUCCACUUCUACCGGAGUGGUGUGUUGUGGGUGAUGGAAGAGCUGUGUCCCAUUAACUUUGAGGAGGAGAUGGACUAUUGGGGACUUAGUAUUAAACAGACCCAGCGUUGUUGCCGCAUUCUGUUUGAGGAGAAGGUGGAUGAGGUGAAGGACUAUCUGAAAGUAGAAAGGGAGCUGAUGGCAGAGAUUGAGCCCCAUUAUGAUGAGGAUGGCUUCAAAUCCAUGUACUUUGGUGGGUUCAGGAAGGCCCUGUGGGACCUAAUGGAAAACCCUUACUCCUCAGUUUCAGCUAAAGCCUUUGCUGUCUUUUCUAGUCUCUUUGUGCUUAUCUCAAUUGUUGCAAUGACGCUUAACACAGUCAGUGAGCUGAAAACAUGCACUGUCCACGGCAAGACUUACAUGGAAUGCGUAGAGAUCGUCUCCAUCCUCUUCUUUACCUUUGAGUACUUUCUACGCUUGCUCACCACUUGCAACAUCAAACACUUCCUCAAGAGUGCCCUCAACUUUGUGGACCUGGUGGCCGUGAUGCCCUACUUCGUCCAGCUCAUCUUCGAGGUCUUUGCAAACCAGGAGGACCUCAGUGUUCAGGAGGACUUGCAGACCAUGGCACGUGUCAGCAAAGUCAGCAAAGUGCUCAAAAUAGUCAAGCUCAUGCGCAUCUUUCGCAUCCUUAAACUGGCUCGACACUCAACUGGCAUGCGGGCUUUUGGGUUCACCAUUCGCCAGUGCUAUCAGCAAGUAUGCUGCCUGUUCCUGUUCAUCACCAUGGGCAUCUUCACCUUUUCUGCCCUACUACACUCCGUGGAGCAUGAUGUUGCCGGCACCCCCUUCAGCAGCAUACCUGACGCCUGGUGGUGGGCUGCUGUGAGUAUCUCCACAGUGGGUUAUGGUGACGUGGUGCCUGUGUCAUUCCUGGGUCGAGUGGUGGCAUUUGGUUGCAUCUCGUUCGGCAUCAUUCUAAAUGGUAUGCCCAUCUCCAUCCUCUUUAACAAGUUCUCAGACUACUAUGCCAAACUGAAGGCCCAGGAGUACACCAACACAAAUGUGCAACGAGAUUUAGAGCUUAAGGCCCGUCUGCGCCGCAAGCUUGGCCAGUGCCUCAGACCCCGCCAUGAAGACUCAGAUUAGGACAAUGUGCACUAGCACCAACCCUCACCUUCCCACCGCAUCCCAGCAACGAACAUCUCUCUCCCUCCCUCUGGCGUUGCCUACUGGGACACCUUUCCACAGAUGUGGGGGAAGACAAUUUUGUUGGUCUGGGGAAGAGGAGAUAAGCUUUAA